GUCGCACCGGCUCUCAUAUCUCCGUGGCUACACUAGACGCUACCGGGAGUCCUUCCAAUAUCGGAUCUUAACUCGACUGUCAAAGUACAUUUAAACCAUUUAAAAAGUUGACAAACUGGAUUUAGGCAGAAAUGGAUGAGGAAGAAAAGAGGGUGCAAUUUGACGAGGAAAAGGGGCAGACGGAGGACAAAAGGGAUACCGGCGGCAGAACCUCAAGAACGAAAGAAGAGGAGGAGGAUGAAGGCAAGAGGUCACGUGACUCUGAUGCAAGUAGGACGAGCACCAAUGGGUCUAGGGGAAAUAUUAAGAGAGCACAUUUUGAAGGUGACGCAGGUUACAACUUCGACCGAAAAAGUAAUGAUAGUGGCAAAAAACAAGAUAAGAUAAAUGGUGAUGACAAGCCUGAUGGGCUGGGAGAUGACAUUGUAUUGGCCAACAAGGCAGCUGAAGAAAAAGAAACAGAUAAUGUCAAGAAGAAUGAAAGUAAAGCAAAUGACAACUCUAAUGAAAGUGAGACUGAAGAAAGAUCUACUGAGGAUAUCCAUGGUAUUCGCACUCAUGAUGAAAAGAAGGAAAAUGGUGAAAAGAAGGAAAAUGGUGCAAAGAAGGAAGAUAACCAAACUAGCAUAUUGAAAGAAAUAUUGGAUGAAACUGCUGCUAGAGACGAGGAAGGAGAUGAAAGCGAUAUAAAUGAAGAAAAGGAAAAUUAUGGAAAGAACAAAAUUGAAAAAGUUCUAGAAAGAGAAAACAAUGCUGAAGACCAUACAGCAGCAUAUUCACUGAAUAGUAGGCGAGGCCAAAGCGCAAGAAGUGGUGACUCUAAGGUGGAAUCAGAUGAUAAAAAAGAAGAAGGAAAGGUUUUACCUGACGAGGAGAAAGUAGAAAACACAAGCACAGCAAAUGAAAAUGUUGAAAACUCUAACGAAACUAGACCAUUUGUAAACGGAUCGACCGAAGACCAUGACAGUGCGUAUGAAACAAGGCAAUCUGAAAAUGAAACAAAACACUACGCUAAUGAUAAUGAUAAUGAACCUGACAAUAGCAGGCAAGCACGGAAAGAAAAUACGAUGGACUGGGAAGAAGAUGAUAGGCAACGAAAACCACCACGAAAAAUAGAAGAUGAUGUUUCUUCAGAUGAUAACCUUUCUAUAAAUGAAGAAACACAAUUGAAGGCGAGCGCAAAAGAUGAUGCUGAAAUGAGAAAAAGUGAUGAAAACAUAAAAGGUGAUAAAGCAGAUGCUAAUGAACAAAAGAAAACUGUAGAUGACAAAGACUCCGAGCAUGAAGUUGAAAUUGUUACAAAGAAGCAUAAUAUAACGUACAAGGCAGUUGAGGCAAAACCUUCAAGCCAAACAAAUGGGAGAAAAUCUGCAUCCACCGAAAAGAACCCAAAUCAGAGAAUGCCUCUGCAAAGGGCACGGGCAAAUGGCAACGAAUUACAUAGUGCCCCCCGUUAUGACAAUCGAAAGCAAAAAUCACAAAGUGCUAGGUAUCCAUCACGUGGUUACAUGACGUCACAAGGAAGCACAUCGUCACGUUCCACAUCGGGGAAAAGCGUAAUCAGUCGACCUCGUACCACAUUAGGAUUCGCAUCAGAUCAGAAAAAGAAGGAGCGAGAUUUCUUUCACGCGGAACUCAAGCGUCUUAAAGACAGUCUACGGAGUGAGUCCAAGAAAAUUAGCAAGCCCAAAGUCCGGGACCACUAUCCUGAUGUUUUCACUAGUCUAGAGCCUUACUACAAUACAUACACCGCCAACUAUCUUAUAAACAUGCCGGACCUUGGCUACAAGGAGAAACAGCCUCGAGAUUGUGCGAGCCGUGAAAGCGAAGACGCGCAGCCCGACCUGAUGUUCACCACCCGCAAGACGGCCAUCGGCCUGUGCGAUCCGGAAAAGAGUCUACAUAUGGACCGAGAGGUGCUUCCGAAACUAGAGACGGCCGAGAUUCGCAGGAGAAGGAUGGAACAUAUGCACCACAUGGGCGACAACAAGCCCAAGUCAGCCGGAGCGAAACUUGAACACAAAGAUACAACCCCACGUGACAAGAAACCAGAAGCAAAGCAGGGUAGCACGCGCCUGCCUAAGUUCCCGGUCAUCCAGCCACCGAACUCGGACCUCACAACCAAGGAACUUGUGUAUAGUGAUGUCCCGAUGCUUAGAGGGGAGAUGGUCCGCUCAUUUAGUCACAAGGGAGAUGGGCGUAAGAAGAUCGACUACAACCGUACACGACAGGACUUCUUCCGGAUGGAGCUUGAUAGAUUCGACGAAUAUGGCGCGAAAAGUAAGCCGCACAUGCGCGCAGCGUACUUCGCCUAUCUUCAAAACACACCUGGUUCCCGGAAAGCAAUCUAUGACUGCAUGAAAGAGAUGAGUUCCAAGAAGAAAAAAGAGGAACAACCACCUCAGGCAGUCGCAUGAUUUCUCGCGCAUGCGUAGUCUUGUUAACGUUUUUGUAAAGAUGAUGCAUUUGGAUAUUGAAAUAAAGCUUUUAAUUUGACGUACGAGAUUUUCUGAGGAGAUCAUUAACACGUGAAUGCAACAUUUUCACUUCAAAUGGCAAUUUUGCGAACAUACAUUCUUAUGUUAACCGUUAUUUUAAACUGCAUAAUAAAAAAGUGAUUGGUGUAAUACAUUUCAUAUUGUAUGAUGUUUUAUCAGAUACUAUAUACUAUUAUUUUUUCCAGUGUGUAUGUAUAAAUGUAUAAAUUGUAAUAGAUGUAUUUACAAAAUGCAUUUAUACACAAAUCAAAUAUUGACAAUCUUGUCCAACCCCAUAACACAACUGUCUAUUGGAAUGCUUAAACAUUUGCUAGAAACAAAACAAUAUAAAUGUAGUCUUUGUCACUGUUUUGAUGUAGAGGCCGAAUUCAAGUUUGAACUAGUAAUUUUGACUUGUGUACUGAACACUGUGAACAAGAAUGAAUUUUCGGUUGACAAAAAUGUAGUUACUAUAAUUUUGAUUAUGGACUUUUCCAUGUAGAAUUUUAUACUUUCUGUCAUAAACCACAUUUUCCCCAGUCUGUCUUUCCUUUACUUCAUAACCUGGUUGUUAAAUUCUCACCCUGUGUAUUUGUGUGGAAAUUUGUUUAACACUUCGUCACAUGGUCAUUGUCGUUGUGUAUCUUUGUAGGUUUAACUUUCAAUGUUAAUGUUUAAACAAUGUUUUUUUAUGAAUAAACACCAUCGACAGAAA